CGACCACAGGUAUAAAAGGCUAGAACGCCAAACGGACACCAUCGCAGUCGGCCGGCAGUCAGCCAACGAAAAACAGACCCCGCAGUAUGUCUCGCUCUCUUUUCUUCUUGGUCGGCUUGUCUGUGGUGGCGUAUUGCGCUGCCCAGCAGGUGAUUGAUGUAGUGCCAUUGGAAGCCGACGCCGCCGGAGUUCCAGUCAAUCCGGAAGUUCCGACUCUGGUCGCCUCCGAUGACUCGGCCGCAACUGUUGCUGGACGACCCAAGCGCCAAUUCGGACUGGGUUUCUUGCUCGGGUCGGCUUUGGGAGGAGGCUACGGCUACGGCCGACCUUACGGCUACGGUCGUCCUUAUGGCUACGGUGGAUAUGGGGGUUAUGGGCAUGGGUAUGGACACCACCACCAUCAUCAUGGUCAUCGCUAUGGCAGUUACGGGUACGGAAGGUAAAGAGGCUCGAAAUAUUUCUGCCCGAUUUCGAUCCUGUUGGCAAAAUUUGACUCACCUGAAGAAGACGAAAUUCCAGAUAGUUUGGACAUUGAUUGGCUUCACACCUAAUUAUUUUAUUUGCGCAUUUA